AUGACCCCGAAGUCAUUCAUGCUUCACUUCUUGCAUUCUGAUAACUCGGAUCUGGCGUAUCGCCGUCGAUAUUGGGCAGAGUCUGCCGUUGACUCCACAGUCGUAUUAGUGAAGGCAAUCCGGGACAAGAUGAACUCGUCUGCUCCUGGCCAACAAGCCUGGGCUGAUUUCAUUCAAGAAGAGGCCAUCAAGAUCCUUGCCGGUCAGGUGCCCCCAAAGGGCAAUCAUCCGCACGGUGCCUAUCAAAGUUCGACUUCUGUGACUAAGGGCUAUUUCUCGCAAGAGGAGAAGGACAAGCGGGAAGCGCUUAUGACCUCGACUCACAUGCCCUUCCUUUACAACAUCUUGUUGGCUAUGCUUCAGCAGCAGCGAAAGCACAUAACCUCUUCGGAAAAGGAUGAAGAUGAUUCAGAGGACGAUUUUUUGACGGAUGACAAGGACGAUGACAUGCCCGUGGAUGCUGAUGUGAUGGCUUACGCAAAGAAAACAUCUGGCGACGCGCGCUUGCACUUCAGAUACACCACAGGAGCGAUCGAGAGAUCCCCCGACGUUCCCAAAACUCUGGCAAAAAUCCUGCGUCCCAGCAACCGCUGGGACCACGAGGGAACGUCAGGGUUUCACCGUCGGUGGUGUAACAGUCAUCCGACGGGUGCCACUCGUUGA